AAAAGUUGAGACACUAGUACUACAAUUUGUUCAAUUCCAAAUUUGUGAGCCACUCGACACUUUCUAAGCCACUCAACUCCAUUACUGAUUCUUCUUCUUUUCCAGAAACAACUCUCAAUUUCAUUAUCAUUACUAUUUAUGGCUAAUCCUUUUAAUUCUUCUUAAAACCAAUUAACAAGACAUUAAAUCAUGGCAUCAAUUUCCACAUGCUUCACACUAUCUCCCAAAUCACGGUUAAUUUCCCUUUCAUCUCGACUAAAACCCCCCGAUUCUUCUUUCACCACAAGAUUUCAAUCUCUUCCAUUCCCCCCUAAAUUUUCAAAUUCUAGGGUUAGGGUUAGGGUUAAGGUUAGGGCAAGCAGUGAAGUAAUUAGGCCUCCAGGAGGUUUAGUAGAGACCGAUAAAUUGCCUGCUGAUGUUAGGAAGCGUGCAAUGGAAGCUGUUGAUGCAUUUGGAGGCAGAGUGACCAUUGGUGAUGUGGCUAGUAAGGCUGGUCUUACUUUAAACCAAGUUCAGAAAGCUCUUCAAGCUCUUGCUUCUGAUACUAAUGGCUUUUUGGAGGUUUCGGAUGAAGGUGAUGUGCUUUAUGUUUUCCCUAAAGACUACCGCUCAAAGCUUGCAGCGAAGUCAUUUAGGAUGAAAAUUGAACCUUUGGUUGAUAAGGCAAAGACCACUGGAGAAUAUCUUAUUAGAGUUUCUUUUGGCACUGCAUUAGUUGCCUCCAUAGUUCUGGUUUACACAACCAUAAUCACCCUUCUAUCAAGUAGAAGUGAGGAGGACAAUCGUGGAAGACGUGGAGGCAGAUCAUAUGGUUCAGGAAUGUCCUUCUAUUUUAAUCCUGCUGAUCUGUUUUGGUACUGGGAUCCAUAUUACUAUAAGAGGCGACAGAUUAACAAAGAUGAUGACAGGAUGAACUUCAUUGAAUCUGUCUUCUCAUUUGUCUUUGGAGAUGGUGAUCCUAAUCAAGGAAUUGAAGAAGAGAGGUGGAAGUUGAUUGGACAAUACAUUUCCUCUAAUGGUGGUGUCGUCACGGCUGAAGAACUUGCACCAUUUCUUGAUUUACAAACUUCUGAUAAAACUGUGAAUGAUGAAUCAUACAUCUUGCCAGUUCUUCUACGCUUUGAUGGUCAGCCAGAGAUUGAUGAAGAGGGCAACAUUCUUUAUCGAUUUCCUUCACUUCAGCGUACAGCUUCUUCCCAGAGGAGUCAGAAGAAGGAAAAUGUGGGUAGAAGAUGGGCAGAUUGGGUUGGAGGGUUUGAGAGGUUCUUUAUUGAGAGCAAAUGGCAAUUCAGUAAAACUGGUGCAUCAGAGAGAGCAAUGGUCAUUGGAUUGGGCGGAAUCAACCUCUUCGGUAUCAUUGUUCUUGGAGUCAUGUUAAAGGAAGUUACUGUUACGCAAUUUGGGCUAAUCAAUUUUGUGUCUGGCAUAUUUCCUAUACUUCAGGUAUAUGCUGGUUCUUUCUUUGCUAUUCCUUUGAUCCGCUGGUUCCUUGUCCGUCAGAGGAAUGCUGAGAUAGAGAAGAGAAAUCUGGCAAGGAAACAAUUUGCUCAAAGACUUGAACUGCCUGAUCCUUUACUAAAGCGAAAGCUUCUGAGUGCUCGGGAUAUGGCCCAAAAAACAGUUAUAGGACAGGACCGAAUCGUGUAUUCUACUGACAGAGACAUGAUUGAGCAAGAUGUUGAGGCCCGAGAAUGGGAUAGGAGAUUUCGAGAGAUUGAGUAGUCAGAGAGAGAAACUGUAAUUGGAGGUUGCAUAAUAGAUUUGAAGUUGGAGAAAAUUGCAGCAACAAAAAUUCUGUAAUCUGCUGAUGAUUUAAGGCUGGAUAGCAAUGACAUGUAUAGUGAAGCUGGUUUUUGACAAGCAUUUUGUCCCAUACCUUUUUAAAUAUUAAAAUAAUUCAUAUAUGUAUUUAUCAUCACAUGUGUAUCAUCUCCCCUUCAUUCAAUUAAUUUAAGCAAUUUAGAGAGAAUUUUAAAUCA